CCCUAUGGUGUGUACGUUGCGCAAACGCUGCUCGGGGUGAGUGGUUGUCGGUGUGUCUCUGAUCAAAGCGCUUAUUGUGUGAAUGGAGCUGGGGAUUAGCUGGCUGCACUGCUCAGCUGAAUCAUGCAUUGCACACACGGGGAGUGGUGCCCAGACUGUGUAAGGAACAGCUAGACCCGACCCUCUGUCUCCGUCCGACAGUCAGCAGGGAAAAGGGGUUGAGAGAAGAAUGAGAGAGCAGCCACUGUACCGGCGGUUUGUCUUGCAGGGGCUGCUAUGAUGGUGGAGGGAGAGGGAGAUCUGCAGACACAUUGUGGGUUUGGUGUUGGCUGCUGAGAUUCCAGGCGGGGAGACAGAGACAGACAGAGAGAGAGAGUGUGUGUGCUGAAGCUUGGGGAAGGAGAAGGAGGGCGGUGAGGAAGAUCAGAGCGGGAUUUUUUUUGCAUUGCCUUUGAUUCGGUGUUCGGAAAGAAAAGGAAAGGCUGGAAAUCGGCACGGUCCGGGGGCACAGUCAUGGGAAACGCUGGAAGUAUGGAUUCCCAACACACGGAUCUGCGGGCUCACUCUAUGCCCCUGAAACUGCCAAUGCCCGAGCCCAGUGAGCUGGAGGAGAGGUUUGUGGUGGUCCUGAAUUCUAUGAACCUUCCUCCCGAUAAAGCAAGAUUGCUGAGACAGUAUGACAAUGAGAAGAAGUGGGAGCUCAUUUGUGACCAGGAAAGGUUUCAAGUGAAAAAUCCUCCACAUACAUACAUUCUGAAACUGAAAGGUUAUCUUGAUCCAGCUGUAACCAGAAAGAAGUUCAGACGAAGAGUGCAAGAAUCAACUCAAGUACUGCGAGAACUGGAGAUUUCUCUGAGAACAAACUAUAUUGGUUGGGUACGGGAGUUUUUGAAUGAAGAGAACCAAGGUCUAGACAUAUUGGUGGAGUACCUUUCAUUUGCACAGUACGCAGUUACAUUUGAUUUUGAAAGUGUGGAAAAUAAUGUGGAGAAUGCAGUGGAUAAAUCCAAACCUUGGAGCCGGUCCAUUGAGGAUUUACAUCGAGGUAGUAAUCUGCCAUCACCAGUUGGUAACAGCCUGGCCCGAUCUUCCAGGCAUUCAACAUUACGGUUUAACACUUUACCAAGCAGAAGGACGCUGAAGAAUUCUAGAUUAGUGAGCAAAAAGGAUGAUGUUCAUGUCUGCAUCAUGUGCUUGCGUGCAAUCAUGAACUAUCAGUAUGGCUUUAACAUGGUCAUGUCGCAUCCACAUGCUGUUAAUGAAAUUGCACUGAGUCUGAACAAUAAGAAUCCGAGGACAAAGGCUCUCGUCUUGGAACUCUUGGCAGCUGUUUGUCUUGUUAGAGGAGGACAUGAAAUAAUUUUAUUAGCGUUUGAUAAUUUCAAGGAGGUGUGUGGUGAAAAGUACCGAUUUGAAAAGCUAAUGGAACAUUUCCGAAAUGAAGACAAUAACAUUGACUUCAUGGUGGCCUGUAUGCAGUUUAUUAACAUUGUGGUCCAUUCUGUAGAGGAUAUGAAUUUCCGAGUGCAUCUCCAAUAUGAGUUCACCAAACUAGGACUCGAUGAAUACCUGGAUAAACUAAAAAAUACAGAGAGUGACAAACUGCAGGUGCAGAUUCAGGCCUACUUGGACAACGUGUUUGAUGUGGGUGCAUUACUGGAAGAUGCUGAAACCAAGAAUGCUGCCUUGGAGAGGGUGGAAGAACUGGAAGAAAACAUUUCUCAUUUGUCAGAAAAGUUGCAAGACACCGAAAAUGAAGCUAUGGAAAAAAUUGUGGAACUGGAAAAGCAACUAAUGCAAAGAAGCAAAGAACUGGAAGUUAUAAGAGAGGUUUACAAAGAUACCAACACCCAGGUUCAUACGCUGCGGAGAAUGAUCAAAGAGAAGGAGGAGACCAUACAAAGACAUAAUCAUCUAGAGAAAAAGAUUCAUGAAUUAGAGAAGCAGGGAUCUAUUAAAGUCCAGAAGAAAGGAGAUGGUGACAUUGCCAUUCUACCAGUUGUGUCUUCCACGGCACUGUCCCCAAGUGCGGAGCAUUUACCUAGCAUUUGUAGUGGGCCACCGCUUGAAGCAUCAGGAAUAGCAAUGCCACCCCUUCCCCCACCUCCUCCAUGCCUGUCGGGUGCAGUGCCAAAUGGGCCAGUGUCUGUCCAGUCGUCAUCGCCACUUCCCCCUCCACCACCACCACCGCCGCCUCCAAGUUCAGAAGCUCCGCCUGCUCCUCCACCGCCGCCACCGCCACCGCCACCGCCAGCAGCUCCUCCAUUGCCUGGGACAGCCCCAACUCUCAUUUUUAACCCUGGCUUAGCAGCUGUUAAGAUCAAGAAACCUAUCAAGACAAAAUUCCGUAUGCCAGUCUUUAACUGGGUGGCAUUGAAGCCCAAUCAGAUCAAUGGCACUGUCUUCAAUGACAUUGAUGAUGAGAGAAUUCUAGAGGAACUGAAUGUGGAUGAGUUUGAAGAAAUAUUUAAAACAAAAGCCCAGGGACCAGCCAUGGAUAUUGUUUCUAGUAGACAAAAGAUCAUCCAAAAGGGAUCGAACAAAGUGACGCUGCUGGAUCCCAAUAGAGCCAAGAAUCUUGCCAUCACAUUGCGGAAGGCUGGAAAAACCACUGAUGAAAUAUGCAGGGCUAUCCAGAUGUUUGACCUAAAGACAUUACCCGUGGACUUUGUUGAGUGCCUGAUGAGGUUUUUGCCAACAGAAAAUGAAGUUAAGGUUCUGAGACAGUAUGAAAGAGAGAGGAAGCCAUUGGAGAAUCUAACAGACGAAGACCGAUUCAUGGUGCAGUUCAGUAAGGUUGAAAGACUGAUGCAGAGAAUGACCAUUAUGGCAUUCGUUGGAAACUUUACAGAGAGCGUUCAGAUGUUGACACCACAACUCCAUGCUGUAAUAGCAGCAUCCGUAUCAAUAAAAUCAUCUCAAAAAUUGAAGAAAAUACUGGAGAUAAUUUUGGCACUUGGCAACUACAUGAAUAGCAGCAAGAGGGGAGCAGUGUAUGGAUUUAAACUGCAGAGUUUAGACCUGCUUUUAGACACAAAGUCAACAGAUCGCAAACAGACCUUGUUACAUUACAUUGCAAAUGUUAUUAAAGAGAAGUAUCCUGACGUAUCCCUCUUCUACAAUGAGCUCCACUAUGUGGAGAAAGCAGCUGCAGUGUCCCUAGAGAAUGUCUUGCUGGAUGUUAAAGAGCUACAAAGAGGCAUGGACCUCACAAAGCGGGAGUACACCAUGCAUGAGCAUAAUGUUGUGCUAAAAGAAUUUCUUAAUGCCAAUGAAGGAAAACUGAAAAAACUACAGGAUGAUGCAAAAAUAUCACAGGAUGCCUUUGAUGAAGUGGUUAAAUACUUUGGAGAGAACACAAAGACAACCCCUCCAUCGGUCUUCUUCCCUGUAAUUGUGAGAUUUGUGAAGUCAUACAGGCAAGCAGAUCAGGACAAUGAGCUACGGAAGAAGCAGGAGCAGGCACUGUUGAAUAAAAUCCUUGAACAAGAAGCCAUGUUGGAACAACAGGAUGAAAAGUCCCCAUCGCAUAAAACCAAGAGACAACAGCAGGAGUUAAUUGCAGAACUGAGGAGGAAACAAGUCAGAGAGCACAGACAGGUCUAUGAAGGGAAAGAUGGUGCAAUUGAGGAUAUCAUAACAGAUCUUAGGAACCAACCGUACAGGCGUGCAGAUGCGGUGAGAAGAAGCGUGAGAAGACGUUUCGAUGAACAAAACUUGCGCUCAGUGAAUAGCACUGAAUUGGCAUUGUGAUGGGAGAUGGAAAGUGUUGAGAGUAUGAGUGUGUUUGAAUGAUAUGGUGUCUGCAUGAAGCGUGCAUUGUUUGUUACCACGUUUAACUACCGGAGUGGCAUGCUGUUGGAAACUGGAGUUGAGGGUAAGAGGAAGAAUCACAGGCAAUCUGUGUGGGCUAGCAGAUGUAUUCAGCCCAAGCUAAGUGCCUCAAUGUAAAAUUUCCUCUCAAGCUACACAGCACAAUAUUGCUGCAGUGCGUAACUGUUGACAUAACAACUGAUAAGUUUUAUUAUAUUAAAUAAAUUUUAACACCAUUGUAACCUAAAAUUAAGUGUGAUCUUUAAAUUGUUUUACAUUUGACAUGAAAUUGUUGAAGCCAAGAAGAAUAAGUUGAGAUGCUUGUUGUUUGGUGGAAAUGAGGAAUAAUGCAUGUGGAAUAGCUUGCCAUAAAUGGUUGAGGCAGUUAUGUUAUUGCGUUCAUUUGAAGACUGCACACUGUAUUUGCAUUGCACAGAAUUUUUUUGGCACUGUCUAACCAAGGCAGUGAAUCAGAGUGGAAUUUGGUAAUUUAAAUAGAAAAGCAACACUUAUCUACAAUGAUAAACAGAUAAAAUACUAUUGUGUUUCCCAGCAAUAUCAAAAUGGAAUGCAUUGUGAGGACAAACAAUGAAAGAAAAUGUUAUGUACUCAUUAAAUGUGGACUGUUGCGAAAAAAAACUUGUAGAUAUGACUAAGAUAUUAACUCCUAACUAAACAGUAUUAUUGAGCGUCUGAUGACCAAAAGUAGAAAUAUUACUGGAUACACAAAGGUGUAAAAUUGUACAUUAACAAUUUUCAACGGUUGAAGUAGAAAUGGAAUUCAUGUACUUCUUUGAAUAUGUACCCAUUUGGCUUAUUUUAAUCUCCUUGGUUGCAUUGCUUCACCAUGUUGAUUGUAAAGUUUAUUGUAUAGUAUUUAACCACUGAUCUCCUUCCUGUUUGCAUUUGGCUCAUGUGACCCACUUGUGACUGGCAUUUUUUUUGUUUUGAACAAUGUGUAGUUAUAUUUAGAUAAAACUGUUCUAAAUGUACAGAUAUUUUGCUAGGAAAUCAAUGCAUUUUUAUGGUUUUUUACAGUUUGAUUCACUCUAUAGCCUCUGGGUAAUAUUGUACAUAUUGUUUAAAAAAUAUUGCAACAACCUGUGCUAUACAAUUUGAAUGUUAUUUUAACUUAUAGUUGUUUUUAUAUUUAACUAAAAUGACAGUGACCAAGGCUUGGUUCCUUAUUACCAGAUUAACUUCAGCUUACAAUUUCACUGUAAAAUUUAGUUUUUAAAGUCAUCUGCUUUUUUACUUUUACAUGGUGUGUAUAUGGUGCAUAGAACAUGCCAAGAUCGUGUCUUUUGUUCACUGGCAAGCAAACAAGGAUGUUGACAAGGAAACUGCAGCGCUUAAUUUUAGCUAUGUCUUGGGUCAUCUGACCAUAAAUUUUUAUGUUAAUACACAGCAUCUAAAUAUUAAAUUGCAAAUUUGAGUAGAAGAAUUUUAUGCUGUCCUGGAUCAGUGACUGGAAUGUUGGCAUGUUCUGCUCAUGUACUUUAGUUUCCUGCUUGUUGGCAAAAUAGAACUGUUUUAAGAAAAACUAUUAAAAUAGAACCCAGAUUUGUUAAUGGCAUUUGGUCAAAUAAACACCUUUACACUA